UGCUUGUUUAAAUUAGAUUAAGAGAUUACAAUGUUUAUACAGAUUACUUUAUAAACCGGAUUGAGAGAGAGGUACAGAAUCUCUGUCUAUUUUCACAGGUGGAGGAGACCUCAUCGUAAGCGGCAACAAUGCCGGUCAUAAAUGUAGAAGAACUGACCGAUCUGGAUAAGGCUAAAAUGGAAGUAACCCAGCUCAAAACUGAGGUGAAGCUUGAAAGGGCGAAGGUGUCCAAAUGCUGUGAAGAGAUUUCAGAGUACAUUCAGAGCGGAGCAGAUGAGGAUCCUUUGGUCAAAGGCAUUCCAGAGGAGAAGAACCCAUUCAAGGAGAAAGGUGGCUGUGUCAUUUGCUAAUGUGGACAGAGAAACCCCCAACUCUUGCAGUUUAGUUUUUCAUUGCUGCCCAUGGACACCUGCUAACAUUUAAUAAUAGCUGGAAUCACUCUGCUACCUGAAAAAGGACAAUCACAAAUAUGGAUAGAUUUUCAAUUAACUCUAAAUGGCUUUUUCUCCCUUGUAAAUGAGUCCACAGGAUCUGGACCUUCAUAUGUUGUAUAUUCCUCUUUGAAGAGCUGUAAUAAAUCAGACUACCACUGUGCACUGAUCA